AUGGCUUCACUUCAAGCCGAAAGGGCGUCUAUCACCAGUACGACGAGCCUCCAAGCAAGAGCGGCAGCUCCGCCCAAGCAGACGGGAUGUUACGCCAACGUAGGCAAUACCUGCCUCUACAAGUCCGAAGUCGUCCUCAUCGGCGUGGGCGUAGCUGUCUUCGUCCUGCUUCUCAUCGGAGUGGCGAUCUGCAUCUGCCUUAAACGGCGCAAAAGCAGAAAGAUCCGAGCGGCCGGUGCCUCUGAAGACGGACACGCUUUCGUCCCCCUCAAGCCCAUGCCCGCGCCCGGAGGACGUUUCGUUCAACCCAAAGGAAGUCUGCUGGCGGGUGCAAGGACUAGGGUGCAGCAGAUGCUAUAG